UAUAAUACUUACCGUAACCCGGCUCACGAUGCCACUAAAGAGCAGUUUCUGUAAAGACAAACGGACGGUACAACUUCAGCAACUAAACAACUACACCGGGAAGACUUUACACGUCCAUAAAGCGGUGAAUUUAAAGCGUCCCGAGCUCUGAAGUGAGACGACUGCAGGACUGACUUAACAGAGUCGACCUCCCAGCUAAAACUUCCGCUGCCGGGCUUUUCCAGAGAAGACAAACAAACAAAAACUUUGUCUUGUGAAAAAAAUACUCGGCUAAAGUUUGAAGUCAGCCUUCAAGGUGACGCACUUCUGAACGAGACCACCGGGAGACCCCCGCGACCCCACGAGAGGAAUCAACUUUGCACCGCAGUAAACUUUGACAGGAGGGAAGAAGAUUAAAAAAAAAGAUAAGGCAGCAAGAAUAUUUCCCUCACAGCGUUGCCACCAUGGACUCAGGAAAGCAAAUAACGUUCCCGUUGUUGAUGAGUGUCGGAACAGCUGUAAUCGGCUCUCUGCAGUUUGGCUACAACACUGGUGUCAUCAAUGCCCCUCAAAAGAUUAUUGAGGGCUUCAUAAAUGACACAUGGUACCAGCGCUAUGAGGACCAGAUCACCAAGAACUCCCUAACAGCCAUCUGGUCCAUCUCUGUCUCCAUUUUCUCUGUUGGUGGCAUCUUAGGCUCCUUCUCCGUUGGACUCUUUGUCAACAGCCUAGGAAGGAAGAACUCCAUGCUCAUGGCUAAUAUCCUGGCCUUCAUCGCAGCUGCUCUGAUGGGCUUCUCCAAGAUGGCAGGCUCCUGGGAAAUGCUGAUCAUUGGUCGUUUUGUGGUUGGUCUCUACUCCGGCCUCUCUACGGGGUUCGUGCCCAUGUAUGUGGGUGAGGUUUCCCCAACAUCUCUACGAGGAGCCUUGGGCACCCUGCACCAGCUGGGCAUUGUCGUCGGCAUCCUCAUUGCACAGGUAUUUGGAAUGGAGGCAAUCAUGGGCAAUGAGAACUUGUGGCCACUCCUCUUGGGCUUCAUCUUCAUCCCAGCUGUGAUACAGUGCGUCCUGCUGCCUCUCUGCCCUGAGAGCCCCCGUUUCCUGCUCAUCAACAGGAACGAAGAGAACAAGGCCAAGUCUGUGCUGAAGAAGCUCAGAGGCACCACAGAUGUAAGUGCUGACAUGCAGGAGAUGAAGGAGGAGAGCCGGCAGAUGAUGAGGGAGAAAAAAGUGACCAUCAAGGAGCUUGUCCAGUCGCCCCUCUACCGCCAGCCCCUGAUCGUCGCCAUCAUCCUGCAGCUCUCCCAGCAGCUGUCUGGUAUCAAUGCUGUGUUCUACUACUCCACUCGGAUCUUUGAGAAAGCUGGGGUCGAGCAGCCUGUCUAUGCCACCAUUGGGGCUGGUGUCGUUAACACAGCCUUCACUGUGGUGUCGCUGUUUGUGGUAGAACGUGCAGGACGUAGGUCUCUGCACCUGCUAGGGCUGCUGGGUAUGGCUGGAUCUGCUGUUCUGAUGACAAUUGCCUUGGCUCUGCUGGACCAGCUCAAGUGGAUGUCAUAUUUGAGCAUCGUUGCCAUUUUUGCGUUCGUCGCAUUCUUUGAGAUUGGACCCGGUCCCAUCCCCUGGUUCAUUGUGGCAGAGUUGUUCUCGCAGGGACCCAGGCCUUCAGCCAUCGCUAUCGCUGGUCUGUCCAACUGGACUGCCAACUUCAUAGUGGGAAUGUGCUUCCAGUAUGUGGAGGAACUGUGUGGCCCUUACGUGUUCAUCAUCUUCACUGUGCUGCUGCUCUUGUUCUUCAUCUUCACCUACUUCAAAGUGCCAGAGACCAAGGGCCGGACAUUCGACGAGAUCACCGCUGGCUUCCGUCAGACAGCUGUCACGGGAGGAGAGAAGCACUCGCCGGAGGAGCUCAACAGCCUGGGGGCUGAUUCUCAGCUCUAAGUGACUUGUGUAUAACUUUCUUAACAAACAUUUUCUCAGAGGAAGACGAGGAGAAACAAGAGGGGUCUACUAACUAGAAGUAGACAGAUCCAUUUGGUAGAGUAAUUUCCACACUGUCACCACAUUUCGGACAUCAUCACCAAACACCGACCAGCCCCGUGUCGAUUCCCCAACAUGACGUCUUACCGCUGCCCUUCUCAUGUCGGAUGUAGAAAGGGGAGAUGAGGAUAGAUCGGGAAGAUUUCUAAUAUUUUAAAGAAGGAAAACAAGUGUCUGCAUCAAUCAACCAGCCUUUUUUUAAAUAACUUUUUUCACUGAAUAUAUUACUGAUAUGUGCUUAUGUUCUGUUCUGUGUAGCCUGUUACAGUAUAGUCACUUUGUUAUUCUCUGGUUAAAGAGCGCUGUAGCUGUAGAGAUCUGUUCACUGUGCAAAAAAUACUUUGUUUUUGUCAAUCAUACUGUAAUACUGUAUCACUGUAGACUGUAAAUGCUGCACAGUUCAACUUAGGUCUCCCUCCACCAGAUGGGGCACUGCCCUCAGAAAAUUGCCCCAGUGUUCCACUGAUAAAGAAGAAGUUGUUUGUACCUUCUAAGUUACUGAACACACAAUCUGUCAUAUCCUCCUGAGAACCAAGGGAAAAAAGUGUCUUACAAUUUCUGUUUUUGUGUGAUUUCCUAUCUAUUUGGGCCAAAAAAAAACACCUUACAAUUUUAAUUUUUUUAAAUAUAUUUUUUAUUUUAAUUUCACAGCAUGUCCAUUGUAGAGGACAACAGGACGAUAUCUGGGUGAAAAUAGAACUAAAUUUAGAAAACAAGAAAAAAGGAGCAGAUUAUAUCUUUGGCUUGGAAGGGUAACUCCAAAUACUUAAGAAAGAUAAAGGUGAACAAAAUGUCCAUUAUAAAGGACAUAAAUGAAUGGGCCGGGUCUCAGGAGGAUAUGCUAGUGUUUUACUGUGAAUGGUAUAACUCUACAUAUUUUACAUAUUUGUUACUUAUUUACUCCUGCUGGACAAUAGCCUACUCUUCUUAUUGUUAGAAAUUAUUUGUUAUUGAAAAUGUUAAAGAUUUAUUUUUAGCCAUGGAGACAAAACUGUAUCCAAAUAAUACACCAAGAAAUUAAUUCAUGUGUUUUUACCCAUUCCUUUUUAGCAGCACAGCUGAUGAAAUGUUAUCUGCACAGAUCAGCACCAGUGCACUGAACUUGGCAGUGAAGCUGAAUGAAUAAAUCAUCCAUCCAUUUUACCAUGACAUGAGAUAAGUGCACAGCCACAAUCAGCAGCCACAAAACCAAAAAUCUGUCUCACAAAAGCAGAACGUUUGUGAGUCUAAGUGCUCGUCUGAAACAAUCAAGCCUCCUCUUCCUUCAGCCUUUCAGCCUUAUCACUGUGGAGCAGUUUCAGGUCAGACCGGUCUGAUCCAGACUGAAAGCUUCUGUCAGCAGACCAUCUUCACUUUUUCACUUCUUCCAAGUCUGGUGAAUUGGCCCGAGAGCUGUUUAGAGCUUUUCAACACAAAACGGGCUGCACACUGUUCCCCUGUUCACCAAUGACGAAGCACCUUCAGAAAAAAUGAGAAGGAUAGAAAAAGAAAUAACAGGGACCAAAAUGAAUGUCAACUCUUGGAAAAGUUUUUGUCAUCCUGAAAGUGCUUGUCACAUGUGUUUGGUCAAACUCCUAGUGUUCCUUGCACUCCAUUAUGUGCAUUAUGUGUCAAAAGUGAUAGACACUUAAUGCUAUGGUGCAAAGCUCAUUUUGUGUCCUCCGCACUGAAUUCUGCAGUAUUGUGUAGCUCUCUCUGUCUGUUUUGGUUGUGUUCUGUACUGUAGCUGGUGAAAAAGAAAACUCUGUAGACUCACUUUGCCUAGCUGUAUAAGUCGCUGUCUGUGACUGCUGUAUCAUGCGUUACUCCUCUUUAAAUGCGUUGUUUGAGGAAAGUUAUCUUUUUAGCAGCACUUUAUUAUUCACAGUUGUAGUUCAAACUCUUUUAGGUUGUUUUGGUCUUUUAUUUUUUUCUUGUACUUAGUGUGGAAACUUUGUUACUGAAGAGAGACUGAAGUACUGCUAAUGGAUUACUUUGUGUUUUUGAAAUGGAAAUGUGUGAAAUUGUUUCAUUUGUUCAUAUCUAUUGCAGUCUUGUAUAGAGCAUAUUUCGCCAUGUGCGCGUACACACACACACACACACACACAGGUCAGUUGUGAGUAAAUAUAAUAAAUAUUUGUAGUCUAAUGAGGACUUUUGAUUUAAAUUCAACCCAGUUGUCAAAAAACAUUUUAAUCAUUCCAUAAUUGGUUGUUAAUUAUUGUACAUAGUAUAUCUUUAUAGUAUAUAUUUUUUUGACAUUCAGUGGGUCACCUCAUCUGUCCUGGAAAGCACUGUAACAUCCACUCUCUGCAUAUUUUGUUGUUUUCACAUAUCGUCACCAGCAAACUCAUUUACAUCAGAAGAUGCACUUCCCCACACAGAUUUAUAUCUAAUGCAUAUAUCAGAACUGUAUUUUAUGUACAUAGAUUCACACUUCUGCUCGGGCAUUUCGUUUUUAAUGCAGCCUGUAGCCUGUGAAGACAGAUCAGUGGUCUAAAAACACAGGAUGAUGUAAAUAUGAAACACUACAGCCUCACCAACUCCAAAUUUAUGAAAUAUUUAAGUUUUUGAAACUUUUUUUGAUAGAUAAAUUAAUGAUUAGUGCUUGUGUUGUACUUCUCUAUGCAUUUAUCUUCCACUCUUCUAUUUUAUUCCCUUUUUGAUCUGAUAGCUAAGGAUAUUUUGUGGCCUGAUCAUUUUAAUUCAGAUUAUACAUGUAAGGAUUGUUUUUGAUGAAUUGCAUUCAGUAGUGUUCUCGUUUUAGUGCACAAAGCGUAUUCUAAUGUUUGUAAUAAUAAAAGAUCUGUGUGUAUGGUGCUGGAAUGUGAACCUCUGCUACAGAAAUAUAAUUAUGAUGGAUGAUGAUCUGAAUGCUUCUACAGUCUUGUGUAAGUGAUUUAAUGGCUGAAUAAAAGAGAUCAUAUGUACAGAUAA